UACGGGUUCGACAUGUUCAAUAGUUUGGUGCAAAUCUUAUAUAUGUGUUGAGAAAUUCCCUGAAUAUGAAUUUUAUUGAAAUUUAAACGUUAGACCUAUCUUUAAUUCUUCUUGAUAACGAAAAGAUAAGAUAAUAAAUAUGUUAUAGUGAAUAUGAAAUUGUACGAUGAUGCCCCAAACAAGUUAGGAUCAUAUUCCUUCAUUCAACUAUGCUAAUAGUAUAAAAAAGUAUUUACAUGGUAAGUGCAUAUACCUCGGAUCCUUUUUAGAUUCCACUAAUAGUAGAAAAGGGGAAGUUUCUUAUUGUAGUAGCAGAGUACACUACUUACUACCUUGUGAAGGGGUUGCUAACUCAAACACCUUGCAGCAAGAUGGUGAACUUCUCAGGAUUGCCUUCACCUUUCUCAAUAUUCUCUGCCUAUGCUUCAAUGUCUGCUUCAAUUAUGCUGUUUCAAGCAAUGUUAAAUCAAGUGCUUCCCCGUCAAGUCCAAGACUACAUUUUCUCAAAAAUUCAUUAUUAUUUUAAGCCUCUUUCUUCUUCCACUAUUACUCUUAUCAUUGAAGAAAGGGAUGGCAUGUCUAGCAAUGAAAUCUAUGAUGCUGCAACAACCUAUUUGUACAACAAAGUUAGCCCUGAAAUUGACCUUUUCAAACUUAGCAAACGCCCCAAAGAGAAGAAAUUACGUGUCAACUUUGCUAAGAGUUGGAAAGCUGUUGAUUCUUUUGAAGGUAUUGAGCUCAUUUGGAGGUUUGUUUCUGAAGAGUGCAAAAAGACUUAUGAGGAUUUUGAGAAUGAUAAUUUGGUCUCUGAAAAAAAACAUUUUGAGCUAUGCUUUGAUAAGAAGUACAAGGACAAAGUGUUAAACUUUUACAUGCCUUUUAUAUUAAAAGAAGCCAAUCUCAUAAAUGCUGAGAAGAAAAUUGUCAAGUUGCAUGCUCUUGGUUGUGUUUCUUCUCAUUCAUCAUCGCAGUUUUGGGAUUCCAUCAACUUUGAACAUCCUUCAACAUUUGAUACUUUGGCCAUAGAUGCAGGGCUGAAGAAGGCAAUAAUUGAGGAUCUUGACAGGUUUCUAAGAAGGAAGCCGUUUUACAAGGAAGUAGGAAAAGUUUGGAAAAGAGGCUACUUAUUAUAUGGACCUCCAGGCACGGGGAAAUCUAGUUUAAUUGCAGCAAUGGCUAACUAUUUAAAGUUUGACAUUUUUGAUUUAGAUUUGGCUAAUGUUAAGAGGGACUCUGACUGGAAAAGGUUGUUGUUGAGGACCACAAAUAGGUCCAUACUUGUCAUUGAAGAUGUUGAUUGCAGCAUUGAGUUGCCAGACAAAAGAAGACCUACAAGUUUAGAUUUGGCUAAUGCUGAUGCUCGACCUCGUGAUCAACAGUUUACACUUGCUGGACUACUAAACUUCAUCGAUGGCAUAUGGUCAAGUUGUGGAGAUGAGAGAGUUAUCAUAUUUACCACUAACAACAAAGACAAGCUUGAUCCAGCUUUGUUAAGGCCAGGGCGUAUGGACAUGAACAUCCACAUGUCUUACUUAACUAUUGAAGGAUUUACGGUUUUGGCAAAAAAUUAUCUCAAAGUGCAUGAUCAGCAAAAUUGGUUUUUUACAGAAGUACAACAGCUGAUUGAGAGUGUACAAGUCACCCCCGCAGAAGUUGCUGAGGAACUUAUGAAGAGCGACGAUACCGGUGUUUGUUUAGAAAGACUAGUCAAAUUUCUAAAACGCAAGAGGAUCAGGAAUGAAGAUGUUAAGGAUGAUGGAAGUGAUGUGUUGGAACUCUAUAAAACAAAAAAGAUGAGAAGUUUUGACAAUAUGAUGAAUUCAUUAGAAGUGAUAUAGUUAAGAAACAGGUGUAAGGAAAAAGUUAGAUUGUUUAUAUGAAUUUUGAAACAUCUUUUCCCUUGCA